UUUGGGACGACACUACCGGGUCAGUCAAAUGCAGCUUGACUCUUCGGCGUCAAAGUCACAGAGCGCGAUUAUGGAGGCGUUUAGAAAAUGGAGAUAAUUUCUAGUGUUGUAAAUAAGGUUUUUCAGUUCUUCAGACUUUCUAGUGAAAAUAAUGUGCGGAGGUCCAAAAAGAUGGAGGAGAAGGCUCUAGAAGUGUAUGAUGUUAUUCGCACCAUUCGGGAUCCGGAGAAACCCAAUACUCUGGAGGAGCUGGAUGUAGUGACUGAAAAAUGUGUUGAAGUUCAAGACCUAGGAGACGAUGAAUACCUCAUCAUUAUCAGGUUCUCCCCAACAGUGCCACACUGUUCUCUGGCCACACUGAUCGGUCUCUGCUUACAAGUGAAACUACAGAGAUGCCUUCCAUUUAAGCACAAGCUUGAAAUUUACAUUGCUGAGGGAACGCAUUCAACUGAGGAAGACAUUAACAAACAGAUCAACGAUAAGGAGCGGGUAGCGGCAGCGAUGGAGAACCCUAACCUGCGGGAAAUAGUGGAGCAGUGUGUUACAGAGUCUGAUGACUAAAGCGUCAUCUCACACAAUGUCUGAUACACAAUUCUGUUUAAAAUCCAUGGCCUGAAAUAUGGUGAAACUUCUGUUUUUUUUUUUUUUUUUAAAGAAAUGUGCAGAAUUACAGGUGAUGUGCUGAUUGGUGGUGACCUGCUCUGUUGACGUUCUCUCCUCUACAAACAGCAGAUGUGACGCCACGAUCAGUAACAGAGCAAUAAGUUGUGUGGUGUUGUGAAGGCUGUUAUUCAGGGAGUCGUUUAGGGAGAGGUUUAAUGGCAGACUUUGACAAGACGGUGGUCAGUUCAUUCCAAUUCAUUUACUUGUCUGGGGUUGUGGGUGGGUUUUUUUUUUUUUAAAGCAUCAUUUCAUCAGAUCACAUAGUGGAAACACUAUUAAAUUCUAGUUUGAGGAUGUCUCAGCAACUAUUAAAAACUGGGUGGGUAUUUGAGGUUUGUUUUAUUUAAUUCUAUCGUAUUAUCAUUCGGCUAUCAAAGUAAACACCCCAACCAGUCAGUUAUCAUCCUGAACAAUCAUCAACCUUUAUUAUAUCAUGAGUAUUGAAAUUCCCCAGCCAUAAUUUUAUAUAGCUUGCUAUUACUGUCCGUGCACAUCUCGGACAGAAAUUUCCUGUUAUUCAUGUCUUGGAUCAGCGCUCAUCUUUUGAUUGUGUUGUCUUCUAGUUCUGAUUUUUAUUAUCAGAUCAUCUUCCUUAUUGAAGUCUAUUCAGCCUGUAUUUAUAUAAUGUGUAAAUAUAUUUUGUUCUUGUAAAAAAAUUUAUUAAAAGCAUAUUACAACUUUUAAAA